AUGAGUGAGAGUUGAGUGAGUGAGUGAGCGAGCGAGCGAGCCAAGGCAACGAAGAGACCGAUUGUCCGGAUUUGGAAUCGGUCCUAGGACGGAAUCAGAGACGGGGAGAAUCGAAGAGGAGGCUCAUCUGUACAAGAGGAGCAGGGGCACACAGUAGAUGAUAGUUGGCAGCCUAGUUAAGCCCCUCGCGUCGCCUUAUCAGCCAGACCCAAGGAGAGGAGAGCUGGGCAAGCCUGGGACCCCUAGAUCUCUCUCCCUCUCUCCCUCCCUCUCUCUCUCUCUCUUCUCUUCAUCCUUUGUCUUCCCAUCCUCGAGAGAAGCAGGAAGGAUUCCGAGCUCAAAUUCUCCCUCUCCCUGGACGGAGAGAGCUUGUUGAGAUACUCCAGGGAACUAGCUGGACAUUUUCGAUCGAUCGAUCGGUCGAUCGAUCACAGACAGUCCUGGUCUAGCUAGUUGGUUGCUCGCUAGAAAAUAAAAUACAGUCGGGUUUUUAUUUCUUCGGCCGACAUCGAGGACUGUCGGCGUCUGGGAAAAUCUAGAUUGGUGGUGGAAUUGGGGUGCGGAAAUUUUACCGACCAAGAGUUUCAGCAUCCUGUCGAUUUUUGAAAUCGGGCCUGACCCUGUACAUUCUGGUCGCUGCGUGGAUUCGCGGAUCUAUGGGGUUGAGUCCCUAGGGGCGUGGAGUUGAAAUCGAGCAGUCGGGACAGAGAAAAUCUAUCAGAGGAAGUGUAGGACGGGCGGUUUGGUGUGGGCUCGAUGGCGGCUUCGAACGCCGGGGCGUUUCAGGCCAUUGAGGUGUGGGGGGAAGGCAGGCUUUCGCGAUCGCUCACAGGCAGCAGGAGGAGUACGAGCUCUCGGCACUGGGGAGUAGGGCCGGAUAAUGUGUUCGCUCGUGGGUCCGAGUCCAGGCGAGGCGGCGACGAAGAGCCAGACGAUGAGGAGGCGCUCAGAUGGGCGGCGCUCGAGAAGCUGCCGACCUACGAUCGCAUGCGGACCACCAUCCUCGAGCAGUUGAAAGGAAGCCAGAGGUUCCCCGAGCAGUUGGAUCUGAGGGACAUCGCCCCGGCUCAUAGACACGAUCUGCUGAACAGAGUGUUCAAUAUAUCCAGCACCGAAGAGGAUAACGAGAAAUUUCUGAAAAAGUUUCGCGAGCGUAUCGAUCGGGUUGACAUAAGACUCCCAACGGUAGAAGUCAGAUACGACCACCUGAAUGUCGAGGCAGAGGCAUUUAUCGGUGGUCGAGCUCUACCAACUCUUUAUAAUGAAGCGAGGAACACUAUUGAUGCUAUUUUGACCAAGAUGCACAUCCCUGUGACUAAAAAGCAUCAUGUCUCGAUCCUACACGAUGUUAGCGGAAUUAUCAAGCCUAGCAGGAUCACGCUUCUUCUUGGACCACCCUCUUCAGGGAAAACAAGUCUCCUUCUUGCGCUCGCAGGAAAAUUAGACAAAAAUCUGAAGGUAUCGGGUGACGUUACCUACAAUGGGCACUAUCUCCACGAGUUUACCCCUCAAAAAACGUCAGCAUACAUCAGCCAGCACGACUUGCAUAUCGGAGAGAUGACAGUUAGAGAAACAUUGGACUUCUCAGCCAAGUGCCAAGGAGUUGGUCAAAGAUACGAUCUGUUGACAGAACUAGUUCAUAGAGAGAAGGACAAAGGAAUCUACCCCGAAGCAGAUGUAGAUUUCUUCAUGAAGGCUGCAGCUCACAAGGAGAGCUCUAGCGAGCUCAUCACAGACUACACCUUGAAGCUUCUGGGUCUGGACAUAUGUGCGGAUACAAUGGUUGGAGAUGACAUGCGCAGGGGUAUUUCUGGUGGACAGAAAAAGAGAGUGACAACUGGAGAGAUGAUCGUGGGGCCCAUGAAGACCUUGUUCAUGGACGAGAUUUCCACUGGUUUGGAUAGUUCCACUACUUAUCAGAUCGUGAGGUGCCUCAGAGAUAUCUGUCAUGUACUUGAGAACACCAUCUUGAUCUCACUUCUCCAGCCUGCACCCGAAACUUACAACCUCUUUGAUGACAUUAUCUUGCUCUCUGAGGGUCAGAUCGUCUACCACGGACCCAAGGAACAUAUUCUCGAAUUCUUUGAGGACUGCGGUUUCAAGUGUCCUGAAAGAAAGGGAGUAGCUGACUUUCUUCAAGAGGUGACAUCAAGGAAAGAUCAACAGCAAUACUGGUCGGACAAAGAAAGACCAUACCGGUUUGUCUCAGUGCGGGAAUUUUCUGAAAUCUUCAAAAGUUUCCAUGUGGGAAGGAAACUGGCUGCAGAGCUGGGAAUUCCCUUUGACAAAUCGAAAAGCCACAAGGCCGCAUUGAUAUUCGAUAAGUUCAGCGGAACGACGAAGGAUCUCUUCUGGGCGGUGUAUGAAAAGGAGUUGUUGCUCGUCAAGAGGAACUCUUUCAUUUACGUCUUCAAAAGUACACAGAUCGGAAUCAUGGCCUUGGUUGCUAUGACUGUGUACUUCCGCACAGAAAUGCACCGAAAUGACUUAGGAGACGCCCGAGUGUACGCUGGAGCUCUCUUCUACGGAAUCGUGAACAUUAUGUUCAACGGUUUUGCGGAGCUCUCCAUGACAGUCAUUCGGUUGCCAGUGUUUUUCAAGCAAAGAGAUCUUCUCAUGUUCCCCCCAUGGGCUUAUUCUCUUUCUACAUUCGUUCUCCGAAUCCCGUUUUCAUUCCUUGAGUCCCUGGUGUGGAUCGUCAUCACUUACUAUCCGAUCGGAUUUGCUCCGGAACCUGGAAGGUUCUUCCGUCAAUUGCUGCUCUUCUUCUGGGUCCACAUGAUGUCAUCAGCACUCUUUCGGCUGAUUGCUGGACUCUGUCGCUCCAUGAUCAUUGCCAACACGGGAGGUUCAGUUGGGCUCUUGAUCGUCUUUGUUCUCGGAGGUUUUAUCAUUCCAAGGACAUCUAUUAAGCCUUGGUGGAUUUGGGGUUACUGGAUCUCUCCCUUGGCUUACGCCCAAAAUGGUGUCCAAGUCAACGAGUUUUUGUCCCCAGAAUGGUCUGCGCCCUUCCCAGAACCAAACGGUGUGAACACCACUUUGGGUAUCAAGUAUCUCGAGAGUGCCGCCCUAUUCACAAGAGGCUAUUGGUACUGGCUAGCAGUUGGAGUCAUGAUUGGGUAUACUGUCCUCUUCAACGUGAUGUUCAACUGGACAAUCACAUAUCUUGACCCUCUCGGUAGGCCUCAAGCUAUCAUCUCCGAAGACGACGUAGCAGAACAGCAUGCCAUCCGUACUGGUGAAGAGCUGCCAUCCAUGACGAGAAAACGUCCGAGCAUGCUUCGACAAACGUCCACCAGCUACAGAGGCCAUCAGAAACAACCCAGAAGUCUAUCAGCAAGGAGCAGCGAUGUGUCCUCGCAAGGCGAGAUUGGCAUGGCCAGAAUGAGUAAUUCAUCGACCAGAGGAAGAGACUCAUUGGACCGCGUAGAAGAGAUUCUAGACGGAGGAGCUGUUGGGCCUGCCAGGAAGGGCAUGAUUUUACCUUUCCAGCCUCUAGCAAUCAGCUUCAACGACGUGAACUACUACGUGGACAUGCCUGCGGAAAUGAAACAACAAGGCACAGUGGACGACAGGCUCCAGCUUUUGAGGGAGGUGACCGGAGCUUUCAGACCAGGUGUCCUUACUGCGUUGGUCGGUGUAAGUGGAGCAGGAAAGAGUACUCUCAUGGACGUUCUUGCCGGAAGGAAAACUGGAGGAUACAUCGAGGGAGACAUUCGAAUUUCUGGGUAUCCCAAGGUCCAGGCCACAUUCGCUAGGAUUGCUGGUUACUGUGAGCAGAAUGAUAUUCACUCCCCACAAGUGACGGUGUAUGAGUCCCUAAUAUACAGUGCCUGGCUGCGGUUGGCUAAGGAGAUUCCCAAUGAAACAAAGAGGGAAUUCGUAGAGCAAGUCAUGGAGUUGGUCGAGCUUGUAACCCUGAGAGAUGCAUUAGUCGGGCUCCCAGGUGUGACUGGUCUGUCAACAGAACAGAGAAAGCGAUUGACCAUCGCUGUUGAGCUCGUGGCGAACCCUUCCAUCAUUUUCAUGGACGAACCUACUUCUGGUCUGGAUGCCCGGGCUGCCGCUAUUGUUAUGAGAACUGUUCGUAACACCGUGGAUACUGGACGAACUGUGGUGUGCACCAUCCAUCAGCCCAGCAUUGAUAUCUUUGAAGCUUUCGACGAGCUGCUUCUUCUGAAGCGUGGUGGACAAAUCAUCUACGCUGGACCGCUAGGACGACACUCUCAUAGGCUUGUCACCUAUUUUGAGGCUCUUCCCGGAGUACCCAAGAUCAAGGAAGGCUACAAUCCAGCCACAUGGAUGUUGGAGGUUUCUUCUCCUGCUAUGGAGAUUAAGAUGAACGUUGACUUUGCAGAGCUCUACAAAAGCUCCGAACUGUAUCAGAAAAACAAAGCCUUGGUGAAGGAUCUUAGUGUACCGAAUCCAAAUUUCAAGGAUCUUUGGUUUCCAACACAGUACUCUCAACCAUUUUGGGCCCAGUUCACCUCCUGCUUGUGGAAGCAGCAUCUAACUUACUGGCGUAGUCCUGACUACAACAACAUUCGGUAUCUGUUCACCCUUAUGGCUGCUCUUCUGUUCGGCACAAUCUUUUGGGGACUGGGGAAGAAAAGGAAUGAGGAAAGCACAAUCUCCAGUAUUAUGGGAGCAUUAUUUGGUGCCACUCUCUUUAUCGGAGUGAAUAACUCCUCCACCGUCAUGCCCAUCGUAGCGACCGAAAGGACAGUGUUUUACAGAGAGCGAGCAGCUGGGAUGUAUUCUGCCAUUCCGUAUGCCAUAGCUCAGGUGCUAAUCGAGAUACCAUAUAACUUCCUCCAAGUCAUCAUUUACGGAGUGUUGACGUAUGCCAUGAUGGAACUCGAAUGGACCUUCAUUAAGUUUUUCUGGUACAUGUUCCUCAUGUUCACGACCUUCCUCUACUUCACCUUCUACGGUAUGAUGGCGGUCGCUCUCACUCCCAAUCAUCAAAUUGCGUCUAUUGUGGCGGCUUUCUUCUACAACAUUUUCAACCUGUUCUCAGGCUUCCUGAUCCCGAAGACGAGAAUCCCGGUGUGGUGGAUCUGGUACUACUGGGCAUGCCCAGUAGCGUGGACGCUGUACGGGCUCAUCGUCUCCCAGUUCGGAGAUCUGACAAACGAGAAUAUGAAUCUGAUAGUACCAGAAGCUCAGAACGUGACAAUCGCUCAAUUUGUGGAAAGGAACUUCGGCUUCCAGCAUAGCUUUUUACCGGUGGUGGGAAUCAUGCUCGUGGUGUUUCCCACAGUCUUCGCCUUAGUGUUCGUCUUUGCCAUCAAGUUCUUCAAUUUCCAAACCAGGUAGAACUUGAUGAUUCGAUUCCCAGUAGCAAGCUAUGAACGUAAAGUGCAGAGCAAGUCAACCGCAGAGGUAUCAGUCAAUCAUCACUGGCGACGGGACAGGGGUCAUGACAGGGGUCGGAGAUUCAAGAAUAACAGAAUCCUUGCUGUGAAGGUCCAAGGUAGAGUGAACAUUCGAAUCUUUGUAAAAACGCUGGCCACAUUGUAGGCCGCCAACUCGAUUACCAAAGCUCGUCGAACAGGGAAUGGAGCUCAGCAGACACCUCACCCCAGCUCAGAUAUUCUUUGAACUAGCUGAACUAUGGAACCUUACGACGGAUAAAUCUAUGAUCUGGCACGAGUGCCGCAGAUUAGCAUAUCCCGAGACUCCGAUCCCAUGGAUAGAUAGAUCACGUGGGGCGGUCGAGCAUGUGGUAAGGCGACGGUUUAGCCAGGACUCCAGGUGCCGAGGAGUAGUCAGUAGGAUGGUCUUCACCUCCAACAACUUCAUGUACAUGGAGUGCCAACUCAACAGCUGCUACUUGAGUUGAUUAGGAGUCUCCUAGGCGAGAGGGCAGCCCGACAGAUCUCAAUUUCAGCCGAUAGAAUUGUCUUGUACUAUAACCUUACUAGAUAAGAAACUUACCGUCUUGGUUUCUCUCCUUUGUGGGUGGGACAACUGUACUAAAUUUUGUGAGUUUCACCUCAAAAUGUACACAACUUGAGAUUUCUAAUUUCAAUAUUUCUACUCGACAUACGGUCACAUUGACU